AAUCUGAUCAGCUAAACAUGAUGACUCGAACACUACCUCCUUUAGGAGCAAGCCUCCUAAACUCCUUGUUGCCAGUCACCAGCCGUACAGUCCCGCCAAGGUUACAUGGACUGGAUUUUCCUGAUUCAAAAGCAGCUAAAAACAUCCAGAACCUAACAACAGUUUCCUCUACAAAAGUCCUUGAAAAUAAAACUGAAAAUGUGAUGCAGAAGACUGACACGGAUGAUGAUUCUGGUGAAGAGAGUGAUAUAAAAAGCCUUGGUGACACUUCGGAUGUCUUGAAUAUGACACAUGUAUUGAGCCUGAACCCUAAUUGUGAUACAGCAUCAUUGACACCUAUUAAUAAGAAGAAAAAUAAACAAUUGAAGUGCCAUGGUAAGGGUGGGUAUGCACAGACUGGUUUGGAUUCACAGCACCAGGCCUCAAAAAGAGAAAAAGAACAUGUUUUCCAGUCUGCAGUGGCUUGCCAGACUGAUUCCAUAUUGGUUGAGAAUACUGACUCUAAUUCAGAGUUGCGUUUUCACACUAGUAAAGGAGAAUCUGGAAAAAUGACUACUAAUAAAAGGAGCAAAUGUUUGGGUAUUGAGAGUUCACUGGUGUGCAGGAAAAGCAAAAACUCUGCAAUAACAAAUGUGAAAAUGCUUAUUGUAGAACCCAGCACAGUUGUAGCAGUGGCCUCAAAGGAGCCCAGAAAUCUCAAGUUAGCAGAGCCGGACAAAAGAACAGAAAGAGAUAGUUGUGAAAGUAAACCACAAAGUAAUGGUAGUGUUUUAGCAGCUAAAAAUAAAUGCUUUGGAUCUCAGGACAGUUUCAUAGAACAUUCUUUAAAGGUUAAGGUAGAUAGAAAGGAGAAGUUUGUAAAGCAGGUAGCAGUACAUAUGACAUCAUCUUCAAGUGAAGGAACUGGACUUUCAGAUAAUGUCAGAGAAAAUAAAAGAUGGAGGAAAGUGAGAAGGCCAGAAGAACAAGAAGGUGAUUGUGUAAGUGAUAGUGAGGAACAGGAGGACAGUGUACAAAGUAGUGGUGGAAAAUGGAAGAAUUCAAGAAGGGAUAAGCAGUCAAAAAUCAAUAUUUUGUUAAAAAAGGCAUAUAGAAGAAAACUGAAUGAAAUCCAUAAGGCAAGAAAUCAGGAGGAGGAAGAAGUUUUAAGUGGACAGAUAAACUUCAGAAGUGAUCAGGAAAGUGAUAGUAAAGAAGAUACCAAGGGAGAAAUGCACAGUGAGAGUACAGAUGGUGAAUGUAGAAGUUUAACAGAAGAGUGUACAGAAGAAGAAAGUACUGAAGGAAUUGAGAGUGAAGCCCUGAACACAAAAGCAAAUACUGACGAGGGAGAGUCAGAUGAAGACUGUGAACUGAGUCAGAAUGCUGACCUAGAGUCUACAGCAGAGGGAGAAGCAGAAGACAGUGAAGAUGAGAAGGAGGUUUUCUCAGAGACUGUGAGUAAGAAUGGUGAAGAUACAAUGGAUGAUGAUACUGUUGUAUCUGAAGAAGAAGAGAGUCAGGAGAGUAGGGAUGAAGAAGGCCAGGAUGAAGAUUGGGACACAAGUAGUGUUGAAGAGGAAGAAAACAGUGUAGUUGAAGAAGAGGAGGAGGAGGAAAAUGAAUCACCACAGAAGACUGAAGAGGAAUAUAGUGAUGAAGAAGGUGAAGAAGGUGAACUUGAAGGUGAAGAAGAUGAAGAAGAGGAGGAGGAAUGUGAAGAAGCUGAAGAAGAGGAGGAGGAAAUAGAAGAUGAAGAGAACAGUGAACUGGAAGAGGAAGAUAUAGAUGGUGAGGAGGACAGUGAACAGGAAGAAGAAGAGGAGGAAAUAGAAGAUAAUGAGAAUGAAGAAGAAGAUGAAGAUACACAAGAGGGAGAUGAGGAAGAAAUAGAAGAGGAAGAGAAUGGUGAGGAAGAGGAGGAGGAAGAAUUUGAAGCUGAACAAGAGGAAGACAGUGAAGGGCAAGAUCAGGAAAAUGAAGUUAAAUGUGAGGAAGAUGAACAGACUGAAGAGAGUGAAGAAGAAAGCACCACAGAAAACACUGGAGGGAAAGCAAGAUGGCAACACAAGUUUGGUCACAACAUAGAAAAGUAUAACAAAAAACGUACACUUACUGGAUCCAAGCAAGCAAUAAAAUCCAAGCACCAUCUUAAGAAUGGAUCGCAUAAUUCACAACAGUUCUGGAAUAAUGUGCUACCCCAUUAUUUGACAUUAAAGUAAUUCUGUUGAUUCUGUCAGUUAGUUCGGUACUCUGAAUCUUACAAGCCUUCUUUCAAUUAUGUAUAACCACUCUGAAAAUAUUUAUGUCCUCAAGAAGUAAGCAUUACUUUGUGCACUGAAAAUGAAUUCUUAAAGUGCCAAUCUUUGAGUAAACCUUUACAAACUCCUUGUGAUGCUUAGAAAAGGAAAAUGUUCAUUUUAUAUAUUAUUUUGUAGCCUUAAGUUCAUUUUUUGCACUACUGUUUUGUAAAUUUGCUUACAAACAGUGCAUUCUGCAACACACUUUUUUAUGUAAAACUGAUUUUAUUGAGUCUGCAUCAUGCUACUGGCUAUAUUUUGGAAACUAGCCUAAAAGAUUAUUCCUAUGGAAGGCUUUAUCUGUGAACAGCAAUAGAAAUUGCACUCUAGCCCAGUAUGUGCCAUGUAUUAAAAUGGUUUAUUUCAUGAAUUUAUCUUUUUUUUUCCUCACUGUGAUAAAUACUAGUAUAUAUGGCUAUA